UAAUUUUUGAAAUGUACGGAGCACAAUAAAGAGUGACGUCAGAUGUUAUGAAUCAGGUUUCAAUUUUAGUCAACUUUAUCACGUUAAAUAAAUAAUAAUUGCAAUAAUAAAUUAUUUUUUAAAGCACGAACAUGACAGUGGAACUAAAAAAGUUUUUGUAUCAAUUGCUGAACAGUGUGGAAGGUUUGCACAGUAUCCUAAUAACUGACCGUGAUGGAGUACCAGUCGUAUCAGUAUCUACGGAUACUGCUCCAGAGUUGGCUAUGAGAGCCAGUUUUUUAUCAACAUUUGGCAUGGCUACGGAUCAAGGGAGUAAACUAGGCCUGGGGAAGAACAAAACAAUCAUGUGCAUGUACAGCAGUUAUCAGGUGAUCCAAAUGAAUAAGCUGCCUCUGGUUGUCAGUUUUAUAGCCUCGCACUCGUGUAACACCGGGCAUAUAUUGGCGCUGGAAACUCGUAUUGACCCGAUCUUGUGUAAUUUGAAAUGCGCUGUCGUGGAGGCCUGAUGGUUACCAAUUGUCCAUUACGGAUGAUGAAUUUUCGAUUUUAUUUUUAUGUUUAUUUUAAAUUGAAAGCGUUUAUGUGAUCAAGUGAAAUGGAAUUAUGAGAGAUUUAUAAUAUUUAGAGAGAGGGAGAGUUGGUUGCAUAUACUAAACGAAACAGACAAAUAUAUACAUAUAUAAUGAAUGAAAAUUAUCAUAUAUUGAGUCCAGUGUCUCUGACGUUCUGUGAGCUCGAUUUUUUUAAUUUGUAAUGUCACCGAAAUAAUACAACGGCAGUGUUACAAUUCUACUCACAACAUCUCUACUCAAGUAGCUAUAGCUCUACUCACAGCUUUACUCAGCCUCAACUCAACUUACAGUUCUUUUUACUCAGGUUUAACUCUACUCAGUUGGAUCUUUACUCAGCUUCAACCAGACUCAGCUACAAUUCUACUCACGUAUUUUAGUCUAUCGAUAAAAUAUCAAUUCUUUGUAAGUAGAAUUGUAGCUGAGUCUGGCUGAAGAUGAGUGAAGAUACAACUGAGUAGAGUUGAACCUGAGUAAAAAAAUCUGUGAGUAGAGUUACGGCAGAUUGCCAUGUCUGCUCAGAACUAAACUACCUCGUACCAACUUUAUUCAAAAAUCGUUAGCCCUAAUAGCUCAGCUCAAAAAUUUCUUGAUUCCCAGAUUUCUUUAUUCCAAGACAUCUCUGCCCAAACUUUUGAGAAAAAAUAAACAACUCAGUAAGCAGGAAAAUGCUUUCUUUUUCUCAGAAAUUUGGAUAGAGAUGUCUUGGAAUAAUGAUGUAAUGGAAUAAAAAAACCAAGAAAUUUUUAAGCUGAGCUAUUAAGGCUAAAGAUAUUUGAAUAAAGUUGGUACGAGGUAGUGAGGUUUUGAGUAGACAUGGCAAUCUGUCAGAGUUACAGUUGAGUCUAGUUGAAGCUGAGUAAAAAUACAACUGAGUAGAUUUAAACCUGAGUAAAAAGAACUGUGAGUAGAAUUGUAAAACUGCCGUUUUGUUGAUAAUUGUGUAUCAAAAACUAAUAUACAUUUUAUAAGACAUUAGUAUAUAAGAAAUUUUUUGAUGGUAUAUUAGAUAUAGAUUUAUAAUAAAUGGUAUCGAAUGUCCCUUUGAUAAUUUUAAAAUUACCAUUUAAUUAAUAGUUGGAAAAUUUUUUUAAAAAUAAUUAUUUUAAUUUAAGUCUUCUUAAUAAAUCAAUAGUCUUAUACAUUAUUCAGGUUGUUGGGAAA